AGUGCACUGUUUAGUUAGAAAAGAAAUUAUUUUAUCCAGCUUAAUAUGGUAACCAAGCCCUGAAACAAAUUCUUGGCUGACAGUAGUAGUACACAUGGGUGAACCUACAUCUUAUCUUAUUAUAAUCUCAUACAGCAAUGAUCAUUUCUGGGAAAUCAAGAACUGUUUCCAGACUCUAGCCAUGUUCUCCAAGCUUCUAAUAUUACUACUGCUCUAUAGUAAUAGUACUCUUCUUGGCUUGGCAGCCACUGAAGAAGAUAUUGGUUUCACCUACAAUGGUUUCCGAUCCGCCAAUCUGAGCCUAGACGGCAUGGCCCAGUUCACCCCCAAUGGCCUCUUGCAGCUCACCAAUCACACCGAACAACAAACGGGUCAUGCCUUCUACCCUAACCCAAUUACUUUCAAGAAUUCAUCAAACACUACCACUUUCUCCUUCUCCACCACUUUCGUCUUUGCCAUCAUCGCCCAGCAUCCGCUAGGGGCUGGUCAUGGAAUUGUUUUCGUGAUCGCACCAACAAGAGUCCUCCCUGGUGGUCUUGCAAGCACAUACCUAGGUGUUUUCAGUAAGACCAACGAUGGCAACUCCUCUAAUCACAUUGUUGCUGUAGAGCUCGAUGUAAUUGAGAACAAGAAGUUCAAUGAUACUAAUAACAACCAUGUUGGGAUUGACAUUAAUGGGUUGAAUUCCAAAGUAGCCAUGCCAGCAGGCUAUUACGAUCCUAAUAAUUGUCCUUGUCUGUUACAGAAAUUGUCCCUUACUAGCGGCCAGCCGAUGCAAGUCUGGGUGGACUAUGAUGGUGUGGACAAGUUCAUGAACGUCACACUAGCUCCUGUUCAUGUCCAGAAACCAAAUACUCCACUUUUGUCCUUUCACUAUGAUCUUUCGACUGUAAUCAAUGAAACCAUGUACAUUGGCUUCUCAUCGUCCACUGCUGCUGUCCCAACCAACCAUUAUAUAUUAGGAUGGAGCUUCAAGAUGAAUGGCCAGGCUCAAGGGCUCAACCUCUCUCGACUUCCUGAGCUUCCUCGAAUUGGACCAAAGCAAAAAUCUCGAGUUUUGAGAAUCGGGUUGCCUGUGAUUUGUGUAGGUUUAGUGUUAGCAGUGGUCUCAGGCACAGCAUAUUAUGUUAGAUGGAAGAUGAAGUAUGCAGAAGUACUAGAAGAUUGGGAGCUUGCCUAUGGACCUCACAGAUUCAAGUACAAAGAUCUAUAUAUUGCCACCAAUGGGUUUCAAGACACACAAUUGUUGGGAACCGGAGGAUUUGGAAGGGUCUACAGAGGUGUAUUACCUACCUCUAAAAUUGAAAUAGCAGUGAAGAGGGUCUCUCAUGAAUCUAGACAGGGUAUGAAGGAAUUUGUAGCAGAAAUUGUUAGUAUUGGGAGACUACGCCACCGCAACAUAGUACAACUCCUGGGCUAUUGCAGGCGCAAAGGAGAGUUGCUUUUGGUGUAUGAUUACAUGCCCAAUGGAAGUUUAGACAAGUUUUUGUAUGACCAACCGGAGUUCACCUUGAAUUGGAGCCAGAGAUUUCGAGUCAUCAAAGGUGUAGCAUCAGGGCUUUUCUAUCUACACGAAGAAUGGGAACAAGUUGUAGUUCACAGAGAUAUCAAGGCUAGCAAUGUCCUGUUGGAUGGAGAAUUUAAUGGGAGAUUGGGAGAUUUUGGCCUAGCAAGAUUGUAUCGGCAUGGAACUGCUCCUCAAACGACCUGUGUGGUUGGAACUUUUGGGUACCUUGCCCCGGAGCACAGUAGGACCGGCAAGGCCACAACGAGUACUGAUGUGUAUGCUUUUGGGGCAUUUUUGCUUGAGGUUGUUUGUGGAAGACGGCCAAUAGAGCCGAGAGCACCAGCUGAGGAUAUAAUAUUGAUUGAUUGGGUGUUUGGUUGUUGGAGUGGAGGUGAUAUUCUUAGGGCGGUUGAUGUAAACUUGGGUACCAACUAUGUCCAAGAGGAAGUGGAGUUCGUAUUGAAGCUUGGGUUGCUGUGCUCUCAUUCAGAACCGAUGGCUAGGCCAACAAUGCGGCAAGUUGUGCAACAUUUGGAGGGUGGUAUUUCUCUGCCAGAGUUGUCAUCGUUUGGUAUAACUGGCACUGGACUAACAUUUGGGCACCAUGAAGGCUUUGAUGAAUUUGCAAUAUCAUAUCCAUCUUCUAUUGGGAAGCUAUUUUCACAAACAUCUUCUUCUGUUGCAGAAUCACUUCUCUCUGGAGGCCGAUAAUAUUAGACCAUUUGUUUCAGUUAUUAAUCUCAUGGACAAUUGAGGAAAUUGAACUGGCCAUCAAAGAAACGGCAAUGAGACCCAAUACUGCUUCGGCUUCGACCCAAUAACGAUUCGUACACCGUCGAAGACGACAGUGUUAAUCCGAACAAGCAUGCCAACAUUGACGAGCAUCAAUUCCUCACUUCUCCGAUUCGUACACCACCGACGGCGACGUUGAUCCGAACAAGCACGCCAUUACUGACGAGUAGUGGACCAUCGCUGGUUUGACGACGCUUGAAUCUUUUCCCAUUUGGGUUUGUUUGAAGUCUCUAUGUUGUUUUAUCGAUGUUUUUGAGUUGUUGAUGACCUCUCUUGUUGGUCUUCAAUGGAGUUUUGACAUGGUGGAGACUUAGAGGAUUUGUCUGUAUAUUUCGACGAGCAUCGAGUUGAGAGGGUGAUGUCGAUAGUGACUAAGGGUUAUUGGUGUUGGUAUAACUGAUGGUGACUUUGUUCCGGCAACUAAUUACGUUGGCGUUUCUGUGAUGAUUCCAGAGGCAGAUGAGAAUAAAAUGAAGCCAAUGACUGUAAUUUACAGAAGUCAAAGGAUGAAAAUUUCUGCAACCACAAAUCACAGUAGCCAAACCCAAUUGCAAAAUUCAUACCCACAAACCCGAUCGUUCGCAGCCACUAUUCCUUUUGCCGGAAUCACUGAGAAUUAAAAGGAUCCAAACUUCUCUCUGGCCGCCGUCCUCGUCACAGAUACUGUGUCUUUCACCAUCGAAAUUUUUGGUAUUUGCUCGCCAAUCAAAAGCUUGCCUGCCGAAUCUAUCAUAGCCUUCGUCGAAGCUCGUCGCUGGAAGCUUUCUCUGGUUGUCGGCCCUGUUUGUUGGUUGAAUAAUAUAUAGAGAGAAAAUGAGUAGAUUUGAGAUAAAUGGAGGGUAAAAUAGGCAUUUUACAUAAUUUAGUACACGACAUCAACUUAAUCUGCCAUUGACUGCCGUUGACUCUAAUAGAAGGGAGGUCAGUGUAAAUUAAUUUCAUUUUUAGGAAAAGUCCGAGUAAAUUUUCAAACCAGAUGGAAGAUCCCUGUAAUUAUGACAAACUAGAGGGGAGGUCUAUGUAAUUUACCAAAAAAAAAAA